AUGACUUCUUGUUCCUUGAGUUCUCUUCGUUUUUCAGUUCUUCUUUUUUUGUUUCUCCAUUCCCUCUCUAAUGCUCAGCCUUUUUCUUCUUCACGACCCCGCGGGCUCGUCUUUCCAGUUCACAAAGAUCCAGCUACACUCCAAUAUGUGACCCAAAUCAGCCUAGGAGCUACAAGAGUGCCCGUAAACUUUGUCGUCGAUCUUGGCGGUAAAGUAUCCUGGAUACAUUCCAAGGGAGGUUGCUCCACAUCAUUAUACAGCCCGGUAGAUUGCAAGUCACCUCAAUGUUCACUAGCUAGACAAUCUGCCAGUCCAGUAUUUUGCGUUAACAACACAUGUAGCCUUUAUGCUGCCAACUUAAUAACUCAUUCAGCCACCAACGCAGAUCUCGUUUCAGGUGUUGUGACUGUACAACCAAGCGAUGUGAUCGAUCCAAGAACUGGAGAUUGGAUCUCAGUCCCCAAUGUUACGGCACGUAGGUUUCCGUUUGCUUGUGAAACAACUAUUGGCCUCUUAGAGGGUCUUCCUAAAGGUGUUAAGGGGAUGGUUAGUCUUGGGCGCUCCAGCCUUGCCUUAGCGUCACAAUUUUCAGCUGCAUUUAGAUUCCCUCGGAAGUUUGCUGUGUAUCUAUCAUCAGCUGACAAUGGGUUCGUAUUUUUCGGAGAUGCGCCUUACAUUAUUCAACAUUCUGGAUGGCAACUGAUGAGUUCUUUAUCUUACACCCCUCUGUUGUUAAACCCAAUGCCAACUGAAAGUUGGUCAACUGCCCCUAACAGUGAUUACUACAUUGAUGUAAAAUCGAUCGAGAUAGAUGGUGAAGUUGUCCCGUUGAAUAAAGCAUUGUUGUCAAUUAACAAGAAAGACGGUGUUGGAGGAACGAGAUUUAGCACUCUAGAUCCAUACACUGCUAUGCAGACUUCAAUAUACAAGGCAUUUACUAGUGUUUAUAUCAAGCGAGCUAAAGCCAUGGGUAUCUCCAGAGUUGCUUCCGUUGCACCUUUCACUGCCUGUUUUAACUCAUCCACCAUGACACAAAGACCAGAAGGUUAUCUUGUGCCAACAAUCAAUCUAGUCUUGCCUAAGAAUGUCAAGUGGCAGAUGAUAGGCACAGGAAAUUCUUUGGUUUAUGUUCGUGAUAGUGUAUUUUGCCUGGGUUUUGUUGAUGGAGGUUCUACUCCGAGGACGUCGAUUGUUAUUGGUGGACAUCAAUUGCAGUAUAACGUUCUACAAUUUGAUAUUCCAAGAUCAAGGUUAGGGUUCAGUCCACCUAUGCAAGUUUGA